UUAUUGACCGGCUGUGGAGCCCACCCCCCUAAAAUGUAUGUCUUGUGGACCCCAGCACCCCCAUAUACGACAAAACCCUUAAAAUGUAAAGAAUUUCUUUUUUUAAAUUGAAAAAAAAAAGGGAAAAGCAAAGAAGAAGAGGAAUAAACAUGAAAUAGAAAAAAGAAAAGAAGAACGCGUUUUCUUCUCAAAAGAACACAGUUGAAUGACUUGAGUCUUCUCUCUCUUCCUCCGUCUCCUUUAUCUCUCUCUCUCUCUCUCUUUCCAUCUAUCAUCAGUACCAACGAAAUUAGGGUUAGGGUUUUCAUAAACCCCUUUUACUCUUUCUGUGCUGCAGCUCGAAGAAAGGGGUUUUGGGGUUUUGAUCUCUUGGGUUUCGAAGACCCUUUUCUCUGCUGCAGGAUCGACAUGAAUUGCCCAAUUUCCAAGAGGAAUCCAGAGUCUUUGAGCGAAAUCCAAAUAGGGAAACAGGGCUGUUAGCUUCCUUUUAUUCGAUUUCAAUUUCAAGAUAAGAAAAACAGUUCCCAAAGGAAAAGGCAACGGAAUUUGGCACCAUCCCCAUCUCCUACUGCUACAAAGGUGGCUGAACUGCAAACGGGUGCAAGCGAAACGAAGGUAAUGGGAAUGAAAAUGGCCCCGUCGAUUUGAUAAAGCCACCCAAGUCCAACAACAUUCAUGUAAGAGCAAGAAGGGGUCAAACUACUGACAGUUGUAGAUAGUCUAGCUGAAGGGAGACCCACUUAGCUGUCAUAGUUUCAAGAGAUGGGUUUUUCCCCUUCGUCCUCUUCAGUCACCAAAGAGCAGUUUUUUCGCAAACCCACUUCGCCAGUGCUUGUUCUGAAGCUCGUGUUGCUCUUAUGGGUCUUCUGCGCCUCUCUGAACGGCGUCGUUUUCGCUGAUGCUGAUACUGACGCAUCGGUGCUCCUCCAGCUCAAGAACUCGGUCUCAGACCCGUCAGGCUUGCUUUCCAGCUGGAAUUAUUCGGUCAAUUCUGGUCACUGCUCAUGGUUCGGCGUCUUCUGCAAUUCAAAUUCUCAGGUGGUUGCGCUCAACAUUACUGGGAAUAGUGGAGGAGGCGAAGGUGGAUCGAAAUCUAUUGCGUGCUUAGAUUUUGCCCAGUUUCCGCUUUAUGGGUUCGGAAUUCGGAGGAGCUGUUUGGGUAGUGGAGGAAGGUUGUCUGGGAAACUCCCCUCUGUAAUUGGGAAGCUCACUGAGCUUAGGGUCUUGUCGCUUCCCUUCAAUGGUUUGGAUGGUGAAAUUCCUAGUGAAGUUUUGGGCUUGAAAAAUUUGGAGGUUCUUGAUCUUGAGGGCAACUCGAUAACUGGGUCUCUGCCGUUUCAGCUUAAUCCAAAUCUGCGGGUUCUUAAUCUUGGGUUCAAUAUGAUUGAAGGUGAGAUACCGACCUCGUGGUCAAACUCUGUGAGCUUAGAGAUCUUGAAUGUAGCUGGGAAUCUUGUGAAUGGGACCAUUCCGGGUUUCAUUGGUAGGUUAAAGGCUGUGUAUUUGUCGUACAAUUCACUUAGUGGGGAUGUUCCCAGCGAGAUUGGAGACAAUUGUGGGAAGCUGGAGCAUCUUGAUUUGGCGGGUAAUUUCUUGGUUGAUAAAAUUCCAAGCAGUUUAGGAAAUUGCAGUCAGUUGAGGACGCUGAUGUUGUAUUCAAAUAUGUUGGAAGAGGGUAUUCCAGCUGAACUCGGCCGGCUUCAGGCGCUGGAAGUGUUGGAUGUGUCGAGGAAUAGCCUAAGUAGUUCAUUACCACGAGAGUUGGGGAAUUGCUCUGAGUUGUCUGUCCUUGUGUUGUCGUCUAUGUUUAAUCCGCUACCACGAGUCAAUGAUACAGUAGUGGACUCUUUAUUGGAGCAGUUGAAUUCUAUGAAUGACGACUUCAAUUACUUUCAAGGUGCAAUGCCUGUGGAAAUUACGACCCUUCCAAAGCUAAGGAUCUUGUGGGCACCAAGGGCAAGUAUUGAGGGCAACUUCCCGAGCAAUUGGGGUAGUUGUGAAUACUUAGAAAUGAUCAAUUUGGCUCAGAACUUCUUUACUGGGGAAAUUCCUAGUGGGCUUAGUCGCUGCAGGAAGCUUCAAUUUUUUGAUGUAAGCUCUAACAGGCUUAGUGGGGAGCUUGUUCAGGAUCUUCAGGUUCCUUGUAUGGUUAUGUUUGAUGUCAGCGGAAACAUCUUGUCAGGUUCAAUACCUGAAUAUUUUAACAGCACUUGUGCUCCAGUUUCUCCCUUGACAGAUUUUUCUUUCAAAGAUGAUGAUCCGUCCUCGCCCUAUUUAGCAUUUUUUGCAUCGAAAACCCAAGUUGGAAACCCGUUGCAACUGUACGGAGAAGAUGAUGGUCUUACAGUACUGCACAACUUUGGGGACAAUAAUUUUACUGGCACUUUGCCGUCACUGCCUAUUGCACAUGAAAGAUUAGGGAAGCAAACUCUUUAUGCAUUCCUUGUUGGAGAAAACAAGCUUACUGGAACAUUUCCAGGUAGUUUAUUUGGGAAGUGUGAGGGAUUGGAUUCAUUGGUUGUUAAUGUGAGUAACAACAAGCUAUAUGGUCAGAUUCCUGCCGAAGUUGGCACAAUGUGCAAAUCUCUUAAAUUUUUAGAUGCAUCUCGGAAUCAGAUUAUUGGUCCCAUUCCCCCUACUUUUGGGAAAUUGGUGUCCCUUGUUGCCCUUAACCUGAGUUGGAACAUGUUGCAGGGUCAGAUCCCCAUCAGUCUUGGCCAGACAAGGGAUCUGAGGUAUCUGUCCUUAUCUGGUAAUAACCUUACAGGUACCAUUCCAUCUAGUUUGGGGCAGCUUUACUCUUUAGAAGUGCUGGAGCUUUCUUCAAACCAUCUCACCGGUGAGAUACCAAAGGAUCUUGUGAACUUGGGAAAUCUGACUGUUCUUCUGCUGGACAAAAAUAAUCUUUCUGGUCAGAUUCCAUCUGGUUUGGCAAAUGUGACUGCACUCUCUUCUUUCAAUGUGUCUUUCAAUAACUUUUCCGGUUCAUUGCCUUCAAAUAAUAACCUGAUGAAAUGCAAUGCUGCUAUUGGAAACCCAUAUAUACAUUCUUGCCCCAUGUUUUCUCUGACACAACCAUCUUCAGAUUCUCAAGGAAGAGAUGGUGAUUCACAACCUUAUGCUGCUUCACCAGUGGGAGUUCCAGCUUCGAGGAAUGGGAAUUUCAAUUCAAUUGAGAUAGCUUCCAUUACAUCUGCAUCAGCCAUAGUUUCAGUGCUUCUUGCUCUGGUUGUUCUGUUCUUGUAUACACGAAAGUGGAAUGCAAAGUCUGGAGCUCUAGGGUCUACCAGGAAGGAAGUUACAGUUUUCACAAACAUUGGGGUUCCAUUGACCUUUGAGAGUGUUGUGCGAGCCACGGGCAGUUUCAAUGCUAGCAACUGCAUUGGGAAUGGAGGUUUUGGGGCAACUUACAAGGCAGAGAUAUCUCCUGGAAUCCUGGUGGCAAUAAAACGACUCUCAGUUGGAAGGUUUCAAGGAGUUCAACAAUUUCAUGCAGAAAUUAAGACUCUUGGAAGGCUUCGCCAUCCAAAUCUGGUCACUUUGCUUGGUUAUCAUGCCAGUGAUACAGAGAUGUUCCUAAUAUAUAAUUAUUUGGCGGGUGGUAAUCUGGAAAAAUUUAUUAAGGAAAGGUCUACCAGGGCUGUGGAUUGGAGGAUACUUCACAAGAUUGCUUUGGACAUAGCUCGUGCACUUGCCUACCUACAUGAUCAGUGUGUACCACGUGUCCUUCAUCGCGAUGUCAAGCCCAGCAAUAUUUUAUUGGAUGAUGAUUUCAAUGCUUAUCUCUCUGACUUUGGUUUGGCCAGACUUCUUGGAACUUCAGAAACCCAUGCUACUACUGGUGUAGCUGGAACUUUUGGAUAUGUUGCCCCAGAAUAUGCGAUGACUUGCCGUGUUUCAGACAAGGCUGAUGUGUAUAGUUAUGGUGUUGUGCUUCUGGAGUUGCUCUCUGACAAGAAAGCUCUGGAUCCCUCAUUUUCUUCAUAUGGAAAUGGAUUCAACAUUGUUCAGUGGUCAUGUAUGCUUCUUCGACAAGGCCGUGCUAAGGAAUUCUUUACUGCUGGGCUAUGGGAUGCAGGUCCCCAUGAUGAUUUGGUAGAAGUUUUACACUUGGCAGUUGUGUGUACGGUUGACUCUCUCUCGACCAGGCCUACAAUGAGGCAAGUUGUACGAAGACUUAAGCAGCUUCAGCCUCCAUCUUGUUAGCUGCCUUAUGAGGCUUGUAUUGGUUAACAUUAGUAGUUUGUAGAAAGAGAAGCGCCAUUGUAAUAUGUGCUUGUGCACUCAGUCCUCUUUUGGGACUGGCCUUAGGUUGAUUUCUAAACCUUAUUGAUCCCACUUGUACAUUGUAAAAUAGUUCUGCCCCCAAUUUUUUUUUAUGUUGUUUCUCUUAUUAGGGGCCUUGCCAAUGAGUCUGCAGAAGAAUGCAGAUGUUUCAUUUCCUCGUCUUAUACGUGUAUAUUCAGCUUCAUUUGUUGUUCAAUAAAGCAGAGUAGAUAUAUUUUCAGGAAAGUAUUGGCUGAAGUGUUUACUGUGGCCAACUUAUUCAUAUCUGUUAUAUGAUUAGCCAUGUGAACUUCCUGUAAAAGGAAAUGAUAUCCAAUUCGAUAUCUACUUGUCAUGCUGCAAUCACUCUGGCCUCAAGAACUUAGUGGAGGAUAGUUAUCAUACAAGUGCUAGCAGUUUCUAGAGGGGAUGAUAUUAGAGCCUUUGCUUCCAGGCCAGACGAGCAGAUGGCAGCUUCAUCAACCGUAGAUUCUUCCUCGACAAGGCCGUGCAAAUAAAUUUCUUUACUGCUGCGUUGUCAGAUGAUGCAGGUCCCCUUGAUGAUUUUUAAGGAAGUUCUAGUCUUGUUAGUUGUGUGUACGGUCGACUCUCGCUUGAAAAGACCUGAAGUGAAGCAGAUCGAACUACGGGUUAAGCCACUUCUGCCCCCGUCUUGUUAGGUGCUUCGCGAGCCUUGGCAUAUAUUGGUCAACAUUAGUAAUCUGUAGAAAGAGAAGCGCCAUCAAUUGUUUCAGGGGCCUUGCAGAUGAACCUGCUGAAUCACACAGAUAUUUAUGUUCCUUGUUUUAUACGUGUGUAUAUGAUUUGCCUUAUUUGUUCAAUAAAACAA